GUCCGGCGCGAACAAUGGAAGUGGCGUUCGAUAAAACAUACGAAACGAACCAGUCACCUCGUAGCGACGGGUGCGCGAACACACUCGCCGCAGCGGUCCGAGCGUUCGUGUGAUAUCCAGUGCCGGUCCGCGUCGUGCGCCGAAAGUUCCGAUCGGAUUCGAUUCGGUCGAAAACGACCGUGGCACCGCGAUAGCGGAUUUCUGGCGGUCGUUUUCCUUAUAUUUCGUUCGCCGACCCUCCGCGGAGGUCUAAUAGCGUUUGGUUCGCGUUGCUGGAACCACGCGUUUGCGGCAAACCCGAAGGGACGAUCGGCGGCCGGGGUCCGCCAAGUGUCCGCGAGGAUCACCCGUACGCCCUUCGACGGCGACCUACCCGCAUCAGGACGCGGACGACCGACGGCGAUCUGCGCAGGUGAUUGGGUUGCGAAUUAUCACAAUUGGAGGAAGUGAAAAUUUCAAAUCAUGAACACGAGAUUUCACAAGGCGGCUCAAGACGGUUUCGUGAAUAUACUGAAAGAGGCGACGAAAAGAGAUUGUAAUGCCAAAGACGAAGAUGGAAUGACACCAACGUUGUGGGCGGCUUUUAAAGGACACCUGGAAGCGUUGAGAGUGCUCGUCGGAAGAGGGGGUGAUCCAGAAAAAUGCAAUUACCAUUUAGGACAAAACGCAUUACAUCUGGCCGCAUCCAAAGGCCAUUUGAGUUGUGUAGUAUUUCUGGUGGGUUUUGAUGUUAACCUAUGGGCUUUGGAUUUGGAUUUUCUCACGGCAAUGCAAUUGGCAGGCAUACACGGCAAAUCGCAAGUGCUUCAGUAUUUGGACAAAGCUGCCGCAUUACAAAUAAUGCAAAACAAGAAAAAAGUCGAAUCCAAAAAGGAAAAAGCACAAAAAGAUGCGGAACGUAAUCUGAAGAAAUAUGAAGAACGAACCAAGAAAGAAAGAGAGAAAGAAAAAAAACAAAUUCGAAAAGUCGAAAAAGAAUAUUUAGGUGGCAACAAAGCGGACUCUGAGACUGCUAUACCGACAGUUCGAGCGGUACCUUUAUCGCUGCGUAAAUCGUCGUCAGACCUGUCUUGCAAGUCGUUCACGGAAAUCGUCGGCUCCGGUACCGUGAAAAAACCGUUCACCAGCUCGAGCGGCGUGAAGAAGAUAUUGGACAGAAAACUGAAGGCGGCGGACGGGCACAAUAAAACCAACAAAUCGGCGUUCAGGUUGCAGUCAAAAGAGGUCGAGGAUAGCACGAGCGUACGUACCAUAACGUCUAACGGAGAUUCGCAGAUUAUUUAUGUCAACUCGUACGAAAACGAGAACGGAGGAAAAAGAGGCAGAAUUUCGGACGUCUUUGAAUUGCACCGUACGAAUUCGCAACCAGACUUCAUCAUGAAUCUACAGAACAACGAUCUGAACAAAAUCCACAGACACGAUCAAGGGAGCAUGUUCGAUCGACCGGGUUUCGGAAGCGUUGCGUUUAGACAAAAUGUUACUACGAUUCCGGUACCGGACGUGUCCAGAGCUACUGUUGAAGACGAGUCGUGCAGUAUCGGCAGCGCUGGUAGCCUGGUGAAGCGGAACCAGCCGAGCAGCACAAUGUCCUGGGACGAAUUUCAGAACAGUGACGAGGAAAACAUCGCGUUGAACGGGCGCAGUGCCAAAUGGUCGCUGGUGAACAAGUUCUUGGUGUCGGCGGGCGUGAGCGAGUACGUGGACAAGUUCGUCGAGCAACGGGUGGACUUGGACGCGCUGUUCAUGCUGGACGACCAAGACUUGAUCUCCCUCGGGCUACCACUGGGCCCCAGAAAGAAGCUGUUGAACGCCAUCGAAGAACGAACGAAGAAACGCGGCGGUGCAGGACACCUCGCCACUAUUACGGACAACGAAUCCUGCAAACUCGAAUAAAAUAUGCUAACACAUUGUUAUUAUUUAAUCGCCCGUGUCGUUAAGCUGUUCAUUUUUAAUAUUUUCAAGUAUUGUGUAGCGUUCGUGUGUUUCGCGUACACCAAUAUUUUUUUCUAGUACACGUGUGUGUUUGUGCAAUUUUUUUCUACGACUUUUUUUCAUGUACACUUUUUAUACGUUUAUAUACUUUUUGGUACCUAUGAAUUUGUAAUAUUCCAUUUAUUGUAUAGUACUACUUUGAUCGUUCUUUUUUUUUUUUGUUUUUGGUUUCGUAUAACGUGCCUAUCUUAACUACAAUUACACUAUUGUACAAGACUUAAUUGUCUAUGACAUUUACUAUUGUAAAAUAUUAUAAUUUUUUUUUACUUAUGUUGCAUACGAUUUUUUAUAAUCAUAUAAUAUACAAUUUUUAUACUGCGAAACAAUAACACCGAAACAUACUAUUAUAAUUUUACACAGAAUUACUAUAAUAUUAAGUACUUACAGUGUUAUGAAUAGGGUUCAAGACUUAUUGUACAAAUAUUUUAGGAAAUAUGCGUAUAAAUAU